CACAUACAAAACAAAAAGCUUCCUUCAAAUUGAUUCAUUCAUUCAUACCCUUUUUGUGGUUGUUUUUAUUAGGCUUCUCACAAAAAAUGGAAGAAACCAAAUCAAGGUUCAAGAGGAUUUGUGUGUAUUGUGGAAGCAGUUCCGGAAACAAAGCUAGUUACCAGGAAGCUGCUGUUCAACUUGGAAAAGAGCUGGUUGAGAAAAGGAUUGAUCUUGUGUAUGGAGGUGGGAGUGUGGGGUUGAUGGGGCUUGUUUCUCAGGCUGUUCAUGAUGGUGGCCGCCAUGUCCUAGGGGUUAUCCCCAAAAGUCUCAUGCCAAGAGAGAUAACUGGUGAUCCAAUUGGUGAAGUGAGAGCAGUAUCUGAUAUGCACCAAAGGAAAGCUGAGAUGGCUCGUCAAGCUGAUGCCUUCAUUGCCCUACCUGGUGGUUAUGGAACACUUGAGGAAUUGCUGGAAAUUAUUACAUGGGCUCAGCUUGGUAUCCAUAGCAAACCGGUGGGGCUGUUGAAUGUGGAUGGGUUUUACAAUUCAUUGUUAAGUUUCAUAGACAAAGCCGUUGAUGAAGGCUUUAUUUCUCCAAAGGCACGUCGCAUAAUUGUGUCAGCUCCCACAGCCAAACAAUUGGUCACAGAACUUGAGGAACAUGUACCUGAACAAGAUGAGGUUGUAUCCAAGUUGGUUUGGGAAGAGAGGCUAAAUUACGUGCCUGAAUCAGAAGUUGCCAUGUGAUUAAAUGAUCAAAGAUCAAGACUCUUAAUUAGUAGUUGGAGGAAAUUGAUGAAGAAAAAAAAUUAAAAUCCUACAAUAGCUUUAUUUUUUGGUUUAUUUAUUAUAUGUAUUUUGGGUAAAUAUUAUUAUAUAUAAAUAUAUAAGAGUCACACAUGGGCAUUUUAGGAACCGUAGGAAAUUCAAUACAUCAUCCUUUUUUUUUUUUUGUUCUUUUUGGUUUUUCCAACUUUAGUGGUUGAUGAUGAUGCCCCCUAGUAAGUGGUAGUAGUAUACACAAAAAUGAGGGUAGUCCAAAAAAAU